AUGAGAAAGGAAAGAGGGCAGGGGAAAAGAAGGAGGCGAGGAAGGAAAGAGGGCAAGGGAGAAGGAGGAGGCCAGAAAGGAAUGAGGGCAGGGGGAGAAGGAGGAGGCCAGAAAGGAAUGAGGGCAGGGGGAGAAGAAGGAGGCCAGAAAGGAAUGAGGGCAGGGGGAGAAGAAGGAGCCCAGGAAGGAAUGAGGGCAGGGGGAGAACGAGGAGGCCAGAAAGGAAUGAGAGCAGAGGGAGAAGAAGGAGGCCAGAAAGGAAUGAGGGCAGGGGGAGAAGAAGGGGGCCAGAAAGGAAUGAGGGCAGGGGGAGAAGAAGGGGGCCAGAAAGGAAUGAGGGCAGGGGGAGAAGAAGGGGGCCAGAAAGGAAUGAGGGCAGGGGGAGAAGAAGGAGGCCAGAAAGGAAUGAGGGCAGGGGGAGAAGAAGGAGGCCAGAAAGGAAUGAGGGCAGGGGGAGAAGAAGGAGGCCAGAAAGGAAUGAGGGCAGGGGGAGAAGAAGGAGGCCAGAAAGGAAUGAGUGCAGGGGGAGAAGAAGGAGGCCAGAAAGGAAUGAGGGCAGGGGGAGAAGAAGGAGGCCAGAAAGGAAUGAGGGCAGGGGGAGAAGGAGGAGGCGAGAAAGGAAUGAGGGCAGGGGGAGAAGGAGGAGGCGAGAAAGGAAAGAGGGUAAGGGAAAAAUAA